AUGGCGCCCAGCUUCUCUGCGAUGAGGUUCCGUAAGCAGGACAGAGCUGCUGGACAGAGCCUCGACUACCGAUAUGGCGAUGCUGGUAUCAGCGCUGCCAACGAGGGAGCUACCUGGGUGGAAUGGGCUCGUGGGACAUCCGACACAGAAGAUGAGCCGGCAUUGUCUCCAGUGGCAGCCUCUAACGAGAAGCAAGAGACUCGAGAGGAUACGAAGGCAUCUAUCACCAUCACUAUCAAUCUUCCCUGGCAGAGAAAGUCAAAGCGGUCGUCUUCACUGCCUCCAGUCAGGCGGAAACAGGUCUCGUCGCCGGUACCGCAACCAGAGCCACAGCCAUCCCGUGUGUCCAACGACAUUCCUCGCUCCAGGGUUGCGUCGCCAGAGCAAGACAAUGGGGCUUCAUUUUCGCCAACUUUCUCCCACACGAAUUGCUCGCGAGCAGCCAGUGCUCCCAAGAAGCCAACGAGUCCGCUUUAUACUGGCACGCCGGCGCUGAGCAUCCUCUCGCCGCUCACAGAGAGCUUUGACUAUCCAGAGACGCCAAGGACUGUAAAUUCGGACAUGGGAACGUCCUUUGAGAACUCUCCCUCGUCGCCGUUCAAGCAAUCGGUCUUCGAUGAUGGCGAGAUUGGCCUCCGUCGCUAUCAUCCACCGUCGCCAAAACAAGUUCUGGCCCGCGACAGUACGAUACCGAAUCGUGCCUCGCCAAAACCUCAGUCUGUAUCGCCGAAACUUACAAGGGCAGCCUCUAGUCAAUCACAAAGAAUGUCGCCUGAUCUGAGACGGCCAAGCACAAGUCUGUCACAUCGGACAUCGUCAAAGCACAGCGUGACGACUGACCGGGAGACUGGUCGAUAUAGCCCACCGCCAUCUCAAGCAUAUACGCGCCGAGCACGCUCAGUUGAGCCUACUGUGCAGCGCCGUCAUUGCUCAGAUGAUGACGAACACUCUGCCAAACAUCAUUACCGUCGGCCAACCCCACAGCAUCUUGAGAGCUCGGGCUCUGAGGCAGACGACGACGAAGGAUGGCCACUGACUAAAGCUCCCUCGAGCAUACCUGUCCGGACACCCUCGCCAAAGGCCACCCAGGGGACUUACAAAGACAUCAAGAACGAUUACAGUGGUAUCCGCCGCGUCAUCGAAGCCGACAGUCAUUGCGACCGCGAGCGGGACAAUCCUCACAGCCGGGCCUAUGCGGCUCUGAACAGCCACCCACCACAGGGUUCGACGUACCAACAACCACGAGCAGCCCGAAGUCCUUCUCUAUCGUCAUCCUCCACAACGCCGCAACUACAGUCUCAAGCCCCGCUUCCACCGCGACCAAGCACCAGACUUACCGACAGGUCGUACUCGCGCAGUAUCAGCCAGCCCGGCAGUGCAGGAAGCGGCGUCAGUAUGGGCGCCGCCAGUCUAAGUGACGAGGGCUACUUCACGGCAGGUGACAAGGAGGUGCAGAGCGGCCCACAGAGUUUGGUGCCUAGUGGGGAGGAUCUAUGGGGUUGA